UUCCUUUUAUUAUUAUUUUAUUUUUUAAUACAAUUUAACCAAUGAAUUCCUUAUAUAACACUGCUUUGAAGCAGAGUCAUGCGCUUCAAAAAGACUUGGACAAAUUUCAAUCAGGGCAAGACGUCUCGGCUGGUUUACAAGGACAAAUCUCUGCAUCUUUUAAUGCUUUGCAAAGACAUAUUGAUGACUAUGAGAGCUUGGCCAAGAGGGAACUAAUUGAAGUAAAAAAGGAAACAGCCUUAACGCGAGUUGGGAAAUUCAGACACGAUUUACAGGACAUGAAGCUUAGAUUUGAAGCUACUAAGAAACAACAAGAGAUAGUACAGAAUGACCAAAACAGAGAUAGUUUAUUAAGAAGAUCGAACAGACUUAAUUCUAAUAUGCCAGAACAUCCAUAUCAGCCUUUAUCUCGAGAUGAAUUUGCAAUUCGUGAACAAUCAUUUGCAAGAAAUACGGAUUCACAAUUGGAUGAGUUUAUUGGACAAGCACAAACAUUAUUGGAAAACCUGACAGAUCAACAUAGCAUUUUAAAGAAAACACAAAAGAAGAUACUGGACACAGCUAAUUAUUUAGGAGUAUCUCAAAAUACGAUUCGUUAUAUUGAAAGAAGAUCAGCACAGGAUAAAUGGAUAUUCUAUGGUGGUAUGAUCCUUACUGUGUUAAUUAUAUGGGCAAUUAUUCAUUACAUUUAGUAUUACUGUCCAAAAUAAACUUUUUUUAUUAUACGUUUAA